UUCUUAGUUCUUGUUUCUCACGAUCACGGAUAUAGUGUUAUUACUAAUAUUACUUAUUAGUUAUUAUACUGUGUUAAUGCAAUUGUAAUUGCAAUUAUUGCACCGUGUAAUAAGUUUUCUGACAGUCGAUUGAUUAGUUUUUUAUUCUGAUAUUUAUAAUUAAAUUAACAUUUUGGCUCGUUUUGUUUUAAAUAUUUUUUCAAAAUUAUUAAAACAAUGUCUGGAGCAACUGCACUUUUUGGAAAUACGGCUGGAAGAAAUCAGUCGAAAAAUCUUGUUGAGUUUAAAGCUGGAAAAAUGAAUAUGAGAGGUAAAAUGGUGUAUCCUGACAAAAGAAAGGGAUUAUUAUACAUUCAUCAAUCAGAUGACUCUUUAAUUCAUUUUUGCUGGAAAGAUCGUUCUUCGGGUGUUGUUGAAGAUGAUUUAAUAAUUUUCCCUGAUGAUUGUGAGUUCAAGUUUGUUCCACAAUGUACUACUGGAAGAGUUUAUGUGCUGAAGUUUAAGUCAUCAAACAAAAAGUCAUUUUUUUGGCUACAGGAAGCAAAAACUGACAAAGACGAUGAGAACUGUCGCCGUAUAAAUGAUGUCAUGAACAAUCCUCCAGCGCCUGGUUCAAAUCGUAGUGGUGGCACUACCCCUGAUGGUGAUUUGCAAAAUUUAUUAAGCAAUAUGUCUCAACAACAAUUAAUGCAGUUAUUUGGGGGAGUUGGUCAAAUUGGAGGCUUAUCAUCUUUGCUUGGUACAAUGAGAUCUAGUCAAACAGGGCGCUCAUCAUCAUCAACUCAUUCAUCUAGUGCUCAACCUGCAAACACUAGCAGCAGUACAAAUACAAAUAAUGGCAGUAAUCGAACAACUAGCACUAGUAGUUCUCCUCCUCCUACAAAUACUGUUACCACUGAACCUGCAGAAAAUCAAGAACAAAGGGCUACUGGUAUACAGCUGAGAGAUCUUCAAUCUAUGUUAUCUGGAUUGACUGGUGCUCAAGGAACAACUGAAAAACCACCAGUGGAUCUAUCAGCUGCAAUGGAUAUGGAAAAUUUACAAAGUGUAAUUGAAAAUACAGGUGCAUUGAGUCAAUUAGCACAACAUUUACCAACACCUGAAAGUGCUUCAGAUUCAACUCCAACAAAUCAACCGACUCCUGAUAAUUUGAAAGACACAAUUACUUCCCCACAGUUUAGACAAGCUGUAAGUAUGUUUAGUAAUGCUUUACAAACUGGCCAAUUGGGAUCUGUGGUUCAACAAUUUGAUUUAGGAGAAGGAGCAGUAAGUGCAGCUAAUCAAGGAAACAUGGAAGAAUUUGUACGCGCUCUUCAACAAGCAAAUAUUAGUGCUGAAGAGUCGGAUGAUUGCCCAAUAAACCCAGAAAAACGCAAAAAACCAGAUAAUGAUGAUAUUGGGUCAAAGUAAAAUUAAUACUAAUGUUUUAUGAUUUAUUUAAUGAAGAUGAAUUUAGGCAUUUAUUACAGUUUUCUUCAAUUAAAUUUAUAAUAUACUUAUAAUAAAUAAACAAUAAAUAUUAAUCCAGAUAA